GACAUGAACCUGGGGCGUUUGGAGACCCUGACAGAGGGUUGCACCACAGCGGAAGUGCUGGGAACCAGGAACCACAGGAGGCACGGCGCAUGAUCUGGCGGAGAGCCGCCUGCAAACUAACACCUACUAACACAGCCCUGAUACUACACACACACUCAGGCUAACAUGGGAGCGUCUGAGAGCGUCGAGAUACCAGGUGGAGGAACUGAAGGCUACCACGUCCUCAGGGUGCAAGAGAAUUCCCCUGGUCACCGGGCAGGACUGGAGCCAUUCUUUGAUUUCAUCAUUUCCAUUUCUGACACUAGACUGAACAAGGACAAUGACACCCUGAAAGAGUUGCUGAAGAUGAACGUGGAGAGGCCCAUCAAGAUGCUGCUGUACAGUAGCAAGACGCUGGCAGUAAGGGAGACAACGGUCACGCCCAGCAACAUGUGGGGCGGCCAGGGGCUUCUGGGAGUCAGCAUUCGCUUCUGCAGCUUUGAAGGAGCAAAUGAGAAUGUCUGGCAUGUCUUGGAAGUGGAGCCCAACUCUCCUGCAGCCCUGGCUGGUUUGAGGGCCCACGCUGACUACAUUAUAGGAGCUGACACGGUCAUGAAUGAGAGUGAAGAUCUGUUCUCCGUCAUUGAAUCCCACGAAGGGAAAGAUCUGAAGCUGUACGUUUACAACACAGAUACAGACAACUGCCGUGAGGUGAUCAUCACUCCAAACUGUGACUGGGGUGGAGAGGGCAGUCUAGGCUGUGGAAUUGGUUAUGGCUACCUGCACAGGAUACCUACACUGCCAUUUGAAGAGGGCAAGAAGAUCAGUUUCCCUGCACAGACUCCCAGUGAACCAGCUCCUCCACAAAAAGAUGGCUUCACAGAGGUCCAUCUCUCUGCUGUCAUUCCAACCGUUCCAGUUGUUGUGUCGUCUUCUGCAUCGAUUGGAUUAGAGCAGUCUCUUGCUGGCUUGUCAGUGAGCUCUAACCCAACCACUGUCGUUAGCAAUCUUCAAACAGGAGCUACUACUGUCCCACUGCCCAGCCAAGUCCCCUCCACACAAAGCGUCCCCCUGUCUGUCAAUCCUGCUGCCACACUGCCAGGUUUAAUGCCCUUUCCUGGAGGUUUUCCACCCUUUCUCAAUUUACACAAUCUAAAUAUCACCUUGCCACCUGGAGUUGGUAGAUUACAUCAUGCAGGUCUUCCACCUCUCACCCUGCCAGCUGUGGUCCCCGGUGUAACUGUGCCUCCGUCUGACUUUAUUCUUCCUCCAAUCACUGCUAAUACAGCUUCCUCCUCCCAUAUCCAACUCAACAGUUCACUGACCAAAACCCCCGUACCGUCAGCAGUGACUGCCUGUGAAUCAAUAAAUAUCACAAUGACUGCAGACUCAUCUUAGCAGAGAGCCCCAUUUAAGGUUGUCAGCCUGCUCUUAAGUCUGAACACAGUAUAGCUAGUUUAUUAGCUGCACCACUCAGUUGACAAAUUGCUCCUACACAUAGUUAGGAUUGCUGUACGAGCUUGAGUAUCUAGAGGACACUGGAACUACAUUGCUCGCAUGCAGCAAAACUCAAGUUUUCCCGUGAGUGUGUCUGCCAGUCAGGAGCAGUUUGUUGAUGGCAGUGAAAGGAAAAUUACAUCACACCUUUCAGCAGAGUUCAAAUAUACACUGUUGCAGAACAUUUUUAAAUAGGUCACAACUCAAUCAUAAUAAUAGGGUGUUAACACAAACUAUGUGGGCUUUUAGAGCUUGGCUCAAAAGCGAAGUGUAAAAUAUGUGAGAAACCGGUUGCUUUUAAGUGUGCAAGUCACCAUAUUUUUACAUUUUUUUUGGGGGGGGGUCAAACUACCAUAGAUUCCCCGAAGGGUACUGGUGGAAAAUUUCUUUUUGGGAAGUACUUGUUACCUCGCAAUAUUGUUUUUGCAUUCCUCCGAUCCA